CCCCCCCCAGCUCAGAUUUGACCCUCUCCCCUCCAAACUCAAAUGCUCCAGGCCAUCACCAGCUCCCGGGGAGAAGAACGGGGGAAUACGCCCAUACUCACCCUGCAAUCGCCUGCUUGGUUUUCAGUCUGGCUUUGAUCUGAGGGUCCUCUCGUCUGGAUUUGACUUUCUUUUCCAAGCUCUCUCCAACCUCCCUCCCCACUUUGUGCCGCCUCUACUGGAGCAUGUCCCCAGGACACCUCCUUCCAUUCCGGACAAAGCAAGACUUGAGGAGUAAUGAAGCAACUCGUUAGCAUCUGCUGCAGCAAACUUCAGUAACCAGAUGUGUUAAACAGUGUCUGCCAAAAAAACAACAGAUUAAAGCUGAAGAAGAUGUCACUGUCUGUCUGGAAACUUUGGACCCUGUGGUGCUUUAUUGUCCUUGGUGGGUGGUUACCUUUUACAAAGGGUUUCAGCCGAGCUGCCUUGCCAUUCGGUCUGGUGAGAAGGGAACUGUCCUGCGAGGGAUAUGCCAUUGACCUCCGCUGUCCAGGGAGUGACGUCAUUGUGAUUGAGAGUGCCAACUAUGGCCGGACAGACAACAGGAUCUGCGAUGCCGACUUCUUCCAGAUGGAAAAUGUGCAAUGCUACCUCCCAGAUGCCUUCAAGAUCAUGACACAGAGGUGCAACAACCGAACACAAUGUGUUGUGGUAACGGGGUCAGAUGUGUUCCCUGACCCUUGUCCAGGGACCUACAAAUAUCUUGAGGUCCAAUAUGAAUGCGUCCCUUACAUUUUUGUUUGCCCUGGGACUCUGAAAGGGGUUGUGGAGUCAGCCUACGUCACUGAGGCUGAGCAGCAGUCUGGUGCCUGGUGUAAGGACCCCCUGCAGGCUGGGGACAAGAUUUAUUACAUGCCCUGGACGCCAUAUCGCACAGACACCCUGAUGGAGUACGCCACGUUAAGUGACUUUGUCUCUGGGCGCCACACGACCACUUACAAGCUGCCCCACCGCGUCGACGGCACCGGGUUUGUGGUCUAUGACGGGGCGGUCUUCUUUAACAAGGAGCGGACGAGGAACAUUGUCAAGUAUGACUUAAGGACUCGGAUCAAAAGCGGGGAGGCCAUCAUCGCCAGCGCCAACUACCACGACACCUCCCCCUACCGCUGGGGCGGCAAGUCGGACAUUGACCUGGCGGUGGACGAGAAUGGCCUGUGGGUCAUCUACGCCACCGAGCAGAACAACGGCAUGAUGGUGGUCAGCCAGCUGAACCCUUACACUCUGCGCUUCGAGGGCACCUGGUACACCUCGUAUGACAAAAGGUCAGCCUCCAACGCCUUCAUGAUCUGCGGCGUCCUGUAUGUCGUGCGCUCGGUGUACGAGGAGAACGAGAGUGAGACAGGCAAGAACUCGAUAGACUACACAUACAACACCAACCUGAGGCGAGAGGAGUACGUUGACAUUCCAUUUCCCAAUCCCUACCAGCACGUAGCGGCUGUAGAUUACAACCCACGGGACAACAUGCUCUACGUGUGGAAUAACUACUUCAUCCUGAGGUACGCUCUGGAGUUCGGACCUCCCGAUCCAGCCCAAGAACCCACCACCGUCGAGACCACGUCCGUGGCGACUGUUGGCAUGAAGACCACGGUGGUGACCACAACCCUGACCACCACGGAGAGAGCGCCCGCUACCACCACUCCGGCAGCAGGCACCAAAGAGGGCAGCCGUGGGCCCAAACCAGGACUCGCUGAUGCUGGGACGAAAACACCGUCCGUGCCCAGCUUCCUGCCCGUCCCAGAGAGAUACUGUGGGGCGACGCAUGCUAGGGAAAUAGGCUGGCCUCAGACCCAGCAAGGCCUCAUGGUGGAGCGCCCAUGUCCUAAAGGCACUCGAGGCACUGCCUCUUAUCUCUGUAUGGUUUCCACUGGAAUGUGGAACCCUAAGGGUCCCGAUCUUAGCAACUGUACAUCACACUGGGUGAAUCAAGUGGCUCAGAAGAUCCGGAGUGGCGAAAAUGCAGCUAUCCUGGCAAACGAACUGGCCAAGCACACCAGGGGACCCAUCUACGCAGGAGAUGUGAGCUCCUCGAUUAGACUGAUGGAACAGCUGGUCGACAUUUUGGAUGCCCAGCUCCAGGAGCUACGACCCAGCGAGAAAGACACCGUGGGCCGAAGUUUUAACAAGCUCCAAAAAAGAGAGAGGACUUGUCGGGCGUACAUUAAGGCCAUCGUGGACACUGUUGACAAUCUGCUGAGACCAGAGGCUCUGCAGUCGUGGAAGGACAUGAACGCAACAGAACAGGCUCACGCAGCCACGUUGCUGCUUGACACUUUGGAAGAAGGUGCCUUCGUCCUGGCUGAUAACCUCAUGGAGCCUACCACCGUCACAGUGCCUACUGAGAACAUAGUUUUGGAGGUUGGCUUGCUGAUUACAGAGGGCCAGGUGAAGGAUCUGAGGUUUCCCCAGGGCUAUAUGGGUGGGAACUCGAUCCACCUUUCAGGCAACACCAUCAAGCAGAACAGCCGAACUGCAAAACUGGUCUUCACUCUGUACAAGAGCCUGGGGCAGUUCCUGACCACGGAGAACGCAACCAUCAAGAUGGCGGGCGAUGGGACUGGGCGGAACUACUCCAUUGCAGUGAACUCCCACAUCAUCGCGGCUUCCAUCAACAAGGAGUCCAGCCGCAUCUAUGUGACAGAACCAGUGGCCUUCACCCUGGCACACAUUGAUCCUGACAAUUACUUCAAUGCCAAUUGCUCAUUCUGGAGUUACUCCGAGCGUACCAUGACAGGUUUCUGGUCUACUCAGGGGUGCAAACUGAUUGACACCAACAGGACUCACACCAAAUGUGAGUGUCGGCACCUGACCAACUUUGCAAUCAUCAUGGCCCACAAGGAAAUUGAGUACUCCACUGAAAUGCACGAGUUGAUCCUGUCCAUCAUCACCUGGGUGGGAAUUGUUAUCUCCCUUAUCUGCUUGGCCAUUUGCAUCUUCACUUUCUGCUUCUUCCGAGGCCUACAGAGCGACCGCAACACUAUCCACAAGAACCUCUGCAUGAAUCUGUUUAUCGCAGAAUUUAUUUUCCUGGUGGGCAUCGAUAAGGUUGACUAUGAGAUUGCCUGCUCCAUAUUUGCGGGGGUGCUGCACUUUUUCUUCCUGGCUGCCUUUGCCUGGAUGUGCAUGGAAGGUGUUCAGCUCUAUCUCAUGCUGGUUGAGGUCUUUGAGAGUGAGUACUCCAGGAGGAAGUAUUUUUACCUGUGUGGCUACCUCCUGCCAGCUAUCAUCGUGGGUGUCUCGGCAGCUGUGGACUAUAAGAGCUACGGGACAAAAAAAGCCUGCUGGCUGAGAAUCGAUAAUCAUUUCAUUUGGAGUUUUCUUGGGCCUGUUUGCUUAAUCAUUUUGGUCAAUCUUGUCUUCUUGAUCAUCACUGUGUACAAAAUGGUGAAGCACACACCAACAUUGAAACCUGACUCGAGCAGGUUGGAGAACAUCAAUAAUUACCGUGUAUGCGAUGGCUACUAUAACACAGACUUACCGGGCUAUGAGGAUAAUAAGCCACACCUGAAGUCUUGGGUUUUGGGUGCUUUUGCUCUGCUUUGUUUACUUGGCUUGACUUGGGGAUUUGGACUGCUAUUCAUCAACGAGGAAUCUAUCGUAAUGGCCUAUCUCUUCACAAUCUUCAACGCUUUCCAAGGAAUGUUUAUUUUUCUCUUUCACUGUGCUCUUCAGAAAAAAGUCCGUAAGGAAUACAACAAGUGUUUCCGCCACUCGCAGUGCUGCAGCGGGCUAACCGGCGACAACUCCCUCAACUCUGCCAAAGCGUCAACAAGUAGGACCAGCGCUCGCUACUCCUCUGGCAGCCAGAGUCGUAUUAGAAGGAUGUGGAAUGACACUGUGCGAAAACAAUCAGAAUCUUCCUUUAUCUCAGGUGAAAUCAACAGCACUUCAACACUUAACCAAGGGAUGACGGGCAAUUACCUACUAACAAAUCCUCUUCUGCGACCCCAUGGCACUAACAACCCUUAUAACACGUUGCUUGCGGAAACUGUUGUCUUUAAUUCCCCAUCAGCUGACGUGUUUAGCUCACCAGUGACCUACAGAGACACAAGUCAUUCACUGAACAAUGGACAGGACACCAGCACGAUGGAUACUCUACCACUUAAUGGGAACUUCAACAACAGCUACUCUAUUCGGAACGGGGAUUUCUCCAAUGACAGCGUGCAGGCGCUGGACUGCGGCUUGAGCCUGGGCGACACAGCUUUCGAGAAGAUGAUCAUCUCCGAACUGGUACACAACAACCUCCGGGGCAGCCACAAGGCCCAGAACCUCGAGCGCAGCCUGCCGACCAAGUUGGCCACCACCGACCGAGGACUGCCUGCCAAGAUGGCUGCCGUCGCCAACAACAGCAACAGCAGCAGCAGCGAGGACGACGCCAUCGUGGCCGACGCUUCGUCCCUGGCACGCGGAGACCGGCCCGGCCAGACUCGGCAGCCCGAGCUAGAGGCCCCGCUGAUCCCUCAGCGUACCCACUCCCUCCUGUACCACCAGCAGAAGCGCGCCGAGCCUGAGGCCGAGGCAGCUGAGCUUUCUGCCAAGGCCCAGGACUCGGUGCAAUCGCCCAACAGAGACUCCUUAUACACGAGCAUGCCGAACCUGAGGGACUCCCCAUAUCCACAGAGCAGCCCGGAACCAGAGGAAGAUCUGUCGCCCUCCAAGAGGAGCGAGAAUGAGGACCUUUACUACAAAAGCAUGCCCAACCUCGGUGCUGGGAACCAACUGCAGACAUAUUAUCAAAUCAGCAGGGGCAACAGUGACGGAUAUAUUAUUCCCAUUAACAAGGAAGAAGCUAUCCCAGAAGGGGAUGUGAGGGAAGGACAGAUGCAACUGGUAACUAGUCUUUGAAACAUAUUCGCUCAAAAAAAACUCAACAUUUUAAAAACAAAAUCGCAGAGAUAAGGACCUCUGAUAGGUGCCACCCCACGUAUCUACCUGAAUGGACAGUAAAACCACCUGUGGUGCUU